UUUCCUUUCACUUUCUCCACCAAACCUGACACCGGGGGACAGAACUACAGUUCCCACCACACCUUGAGGCAGGAGGAAGAAGGGGCACAGAGAGCCAAAAGGAAAACCAGGAGAAAGAGCAAACAUUACCUGCUGGCAGAGGAGAGAGAGCCCGACAGGUGGCAAGAGCCAUGCAAUUCUCCAGCUCAGCCAGGGCAGCAGACGAGAACUUUGACUAUUUGUUCAAGAUUAUCCUCAUCGGGGAUUCCAAUGUGGGGAAGACGUGUGUGGUGCAGCAUUUCAAAUCCGGGGUCUACGCAGAGGGGCAGCAGAACACGAUUGGGGUGGACUUCACCGUGCGUGCCCUUGAUAUCGAUGGCAAGAAAGUGAAGAUGCAGGUGUGGGACACCGCUGGCCAGGAGCGCUUCCGGACCAUCACCCAGAGCUAUUACCGCAGCGCCCACGCGGCCAUCAUCGCCUACGACCUCACCCGGCAGUCCACAUUCGAGUCUGUUCCCCACUGGAUUCACGAGAUAGAGAAAUACGGAGCGGCAAACUUGGUCAUCAUGCUGAUCGGGAACAAAUGUGACAUGUGGGAAGAACGGCACGUUCUGUUCGAGGAUGCCUGCACACUGGCUGAAAAGUACGGCCUCCUGGCUGUUGUGGAGACAUCUGCCAAGGAGUCCAAGAACAUUGAUGAAGUUUUCUUGCUGAUGGCCAGGGAGCUAAUCGCGCGCAACAGCCUGCAAUUGUACGGGGAGGGCGCCCGGAGUAACCUCUGCCUGGAUUCUAGUCCCGUCCUCAUAGCCCAGGUUCCGAAGGAGAAGACCCAGUGCACCUGCUAAAUGUGUUCCCCAGGCUGGUCGCACCCUCCAGAGGCCACCUCUGAAACCACGGGCAGCCGGCUGGCCUCGCGUCUGCAGAGUAGACAGAUCUCAGACCCCCUUGGAGACUCGCUGCUAGUACUACCCCUUCUCGGCUGCAGAGGGCGCACUUUUGCCUCAAUUCACACCAGAGGUCCUAAUGCUGACUCAGGACAGGGACCACCACCGUUUUCCUUGACUAUUCUUAAGGCUUGGCGGCACGAGGGUAGGAGGGCAAGAUUUGCUAUUUUUCAUCGUUCCAUUUUCUUUCUGUCUUCCCACCCCUUCGGCUGUUUUCUGCUGAACCUUGUUUCUCGCUGGAAAAAGAGGGUAGCAAAGGAAAGAAGAAAAGAGGAUUAUCAAGAGAUGGAGAGGAUGUUUGGAACAUUCCGGAGCAGUUUAAGACAGCGUGAGCACGGGAGGAUGGGGAGAAAGCCUGCAGUGAUGAACCAGAUGCUGUUAAUUUUUCCUUCCUGACAUUCACACCUCGGGUCUUAGUUUGGGAAGCAAAGCCUUUUGACCCAAAGACCAUAAAUACUGUCUUGCCAAAUGGUCAGGAGCCAUGUAAUAGAGAGCUGGAUUUCACUUUAUCCUAGUUGGGCUGUUUUGAUCACCCUCCUAGGAUGUGGGAGAUGCCUACAAUUUUUUCUAAAACAGUUAUCUGCUGGAUCACCAUUUCUGAAUUGAAAUUAAAUUGGCUCCUAGAUGAAUAGCAAACCAAUAGUGACCUCGCUGGGUGGCCAGGGCGUGCUCUGUACCCUGUGAAACCUGUGAAUAAUAAACCUUGUUUUUUCAAA